AAAAAAUUAUUCCCCAAUGUUCUUGUAUCUAAUAUACUAGUCCCAUUAAAUUAUUAUUUUCCCCUUAUUCCACAUGAAUGUAGCUUUUGUGUCUGAUACUAUUGACAUUUUUGGUCAUAAGCUUUGACUGUAGUGCUCUAAAAGAAGUGUGAGAGAAAUCCAAUUUUUUUCCAGUUCUGUAAUGGUAAAGUGGUUUGCCAUGUGGUGGCCACACCUUAAAUAAACAUGGAUGACUUAGCUGUAAAAAGAUCAUUCACUUCCAAUGGGCUGAUAAUUUCAGAACUACUUGGACUUUAAUGUGUUAAUGACUGAUAUGUGCUACAAAUGAUAAUAUUGCAUGCAUUGGUUAAAAAAACAAAAUCAUUAUUUUGACUCUCAAGAAAUAUGCAAUAGAAGAAAAGAAAUCUUUACGAAAUUAAUGUUAAGAUCAUGAUACAAAUUUGAAUUUUAAACUUUUUUGAUUGUGAGGGUAAUGUAAUUAUUUUUUUUUUAUAAGGUUUGCAUAUAGCAUGUGUUGUAAAAUUCUAUUUUGAAUUAACUAAACAUCAGCAGUCACAGUUGCUUCUAGUCAAUAAACUUGUUAUAUCGUGUAUAAUAACAACCAGUACAUCUGUGUUGUGUGGUUGGUAACUAUAAAUGCAGCUGGUCAAGUUGGAUCCAUAAAAUUGUAAGAAAGAAAAACAAGACCCUCCUAAGAAAGAACUUGCAGCUGAAAAAAAAAAUGUUAGAAAUAGCUUUGUGUCAGUCAUGUAAUUUCAUGGCAGGCUCUCUUAUUGUACAUAACUUCCAGAAUUGGAAAGAAAUAUGAGAACUGUAUGUCUUGAGAGUUUCAUUCUGGUUUGUUGUUGAUGUUUUGAAAUCCCCCCCCCCCUUUUCCCUUCUUACAUUUUUUCCCCCAUGUAAAUGCUAUGUUAAAGCAAUGAACAGAAGUGUAUUUUGCCGAUAUUUUUUCAUUAUUAUGAAUGUCAUUCCGAUUUUCAAUAUACUAAUGAUGAAACCUUAUUCAGGGCUCAUAGUAGAGGCUGUCUUAGCUCACAGUGCAAUUUGUGUUCUUGUGAUGAGUGACCUUGUUGCAUCUUACUAAUGUAACUUGUUAUUAAUAUAUUGUAGACUUGUUCUUAGCCUUUUUGGCGCUAAACUUCAGUUGUUAUUCCUCCGUUAUAUCACCUUUAACAGUGGAUAUUUUCCCCCCUAUUUGAUGUGCAUUACUCCUUUUAAGACUAUCGUAGUUUCUGGUUUUCAACGUGUUUAAAUUUAGAAGAAAACAGCAAAUUUCUGAAGUGUGCUAUAUACUGGGUACUUUAAAAGUGAAAAUUAAAAGAGAGCCAGAUAUUUGAAAAUAAGAUAUAAUUAGGAAAAUUAGCAUCCUUAAUGAGAUGGGUAUUCUUUGAAUUAAGGAAUGCAUCAAGGUUGUUUAAGUAAUUUACUAGAAUAUUGACAGAGUGAAAGGAUUUUUUUUUUCAUUAUUUAUUUUUUUAGUAUUGUCAUAUUCCCGGUAUAUGCACAGAAAGAAAGAGAAUGAUAGUAUGUUGUAUAUCUGCAGUUUGUUGUAACUAAAUUUUCAUGUUAUCAAAUUUUAAAUUCUUAAUUAGGGAAUGUGUUUUCCAUUCAAACUUACAUUUAUUAGUGUACUUUCUGAAUAUUGCAGUUGUGCAGCAGAUUGCUCACAACAAGAAAAUGGUUCUAUGCCAUUUAACAGUAAUACCUUUGAUGUUGAAUUCUUAAUUGUGUUUUACAAUUCUCUGCAAUUUAAACAGUUUUGACAACUUUUAGGUGUUGUCUUUAGAUGUCUGGAAACUGGUGUUGUUCUUCAAACCAUUUUCUCUACCAACAACAUUUUUAUACUUAAUAAAUAAUUACUACAAAA